UACUUCCGCCUCGUGACGUCACUCAGGUGUGGCGCUGAGGGAAAUGGCGGCUGAAGUUGUUUUUCCUGUCUUUAUAGUGUGUGAGAGUAAAGAGCUGAGAGCUGAAGGCUGAUGCGGAAGGGAGAGCUGAUUAAAGCGGGGUCGCGACUCAGCACCAUCCGGAGUUUUCUCCUCCCCAGUGUGUGUGUGUUCUGUCCUCUCCGCUCCACUCCUGCGGCUCGGAUCCCCAGCAGGACGCACUGAUCCGAUCCCCAGCAGGACGCACUGAUCCGAUCCCCAGAGGAAUACACUGAUCCGAUCCCCAGCAGGACGCACUGAUCCGAUCCCCAGAGGAAUACACUGAUCCGAUCCCCAGAGGAACACACUGAUCCGAUCCCCAGAGGAAUACACUGAUCCGAUCCCCAGAGGAACACACUGAUCCGAUCCCCAGAGGAACACACUGAUCCGAUCCCCAGCAGGACGCACUGAUCCGAUCCCCAGCAGGACGCACUGAUCCGAUCCCCAGCAGGACGCACUGAUCCGAUCCCCAGCAGGACACACUGAUCCGAUCCCCAGCAGGACGCACUGAUCCGAUCCCCAGAGGAAUACACUGAUCCGAUCCCCAGCAGGACGCACUGAUCCGAUCCCCAGAGGAAUACACUGAUCCGAUCCCCAGAGGAACACACUGAUCCGAUCCCCAGAGGAAUACACUGAUCCGAUCCCCAGAGGAACACACUGAUCCGAUCCCCAGAGGAACACACUGAUCCGAUCCCCAGCAGGACGCACUGAUCCGAUCCCCAGCAGGACGCACUGAUCCGAUCCCCAGCAGGACGCACUGAUCCGAUCCCCAGCAGGACGCACUGAUCCGAUCCCCAGCAGGACACACUGAUCCGAUCCCCAGCAGGACGCACUGAUCCGAUCCCCAGCGCCGUGUUCUUCCCGAUAAUCAGACUCUCACUCAGAGUCGGGACUCAGAAUCGCGGGUCGGAAAAAUCUGAUCAGUUUUACAUUAAGGAGAGAAAAGUCGGGAAGUCGGUUGGAGGAGAGAGUGAUGGCGGAUGUGGAAGCGAGUGAAGCGUUUCCUGUAGAGAGAGACGGUGUGGAGGAGGAGGAGAGCCGGGAGCCGGGAUGCUGUGGGAAGUUCCACAUGUCCGUGUCCAGGUGGAUGCUGCCAGAGGACCUGAGAGACACCUACCUGGAGAGAGCAAACUGCUGCCCGCCUCCAAUCUUCAUCAUCCUCAUCAGCAUCGGAGAGUUGGCGGUUUUUAUUUAUUACGCCGUAUGGAAGCCGCAGAAGCAGUGGAUAACUCUGGAUGAAGGAAUCUGGAUGAGUCCGUUAACAUAUAAACCUGACGAGCGUGAGGAGGCAUGGCGUUUCCUCUCCUACAUGUUUGUCCAUGCUGGGGUUCAGCACAUCAUUGGGAACCUGAUUCUCCAGCUGCUCCUCGGGAUCCCCUUAGAGCUGGUCCAUAAAGGGUUCGAGGUGGGGAUGGUGUACCUCGGAGGAGUUCUUGCAGGAUCAUUAGCGAGCUCUAUCUUUGACCCGUACAGCGCCCUCGUUGGGGCUUCAGGAGGAGUUUAUGCCCUGAUUGGAGGUUACUUCAUGAACGCUGUAGUGAACUUCAGAGAGAUGAUUCCUCUGCUCGGAGUUUUCCGCAUCAUCGUUAUCAUCCUUCUUGUGGGCACAGAUGUGGGCUUCGCUCUUUACAGACGCUUCAUGACUGACGCUGCAGGAUUAAAGGUGUCGUUUGUAGCUCACAUCGGUGGAGGAAUCGCAGGAAUGACCAUCGGCUACGUGUUCUUCAGUAACUACAACCAGAAACUCCUGCGUGAUCCUCGCUUCUGGUUCUGCAUCGUGGGCUAUGUCCUCUUCCUGCUGUUUGCAGUCAUCUUCAACAUCUUCCUUUCUCCGGCUCCUCGCUGAGGAAACACUCGUGCUGAGCUGCAGAAACAUCGCCAUCGUGUCUGAAUCUUCAUCGCUGCCUGCUGUUCACACACGGAUCGGUUUCACACGAGAACAUGAGUUUAACAUUGAGAAAUGUUUCGGACACGUUUUCAGAUAAAUUUCAUUUUAAUUAAAUAAAGAAAUUGGUUUGAGUUUUAAAUGUUUUAGUGCCAUUAAAACCUUGAAGCUGAAGAACACGCUGUGGACCUUUUAGUGAGCUUUUCUUUUCUUUUUAACAUUUCAGGCUCCAGAAGGAAACUGACUUUACGGUGCUGUUGGAUAUUAUUUAGGGUUUUCUGGGUUUUUAUAAGUUUUACAAAAUCAGGGGCUUUAGCUGUGUGUGUGUGUGUGUGUGUGUUAAUUCCUUCUCCCGAAUUGUCUGCUGUACAGGUCCCUGGGCACUACUGUCAGAGAAUUAAUCAACACCACCUGACCAAUCAGAACAGGGCAGCUCUGUGCUGUGAAAUAUUUAAACACCGGCUGUAGUUUAGGACGCAGUCAGACAAACGCUUUGUGUUUUACUGAACUGUUUAUUGUAGGAGUUUAACUGUGUGUAAUUUUCUGUAUGUAAUUUAGUUAAUUAAAUCAGGAUUUAUUCAUGCUGUAAGAUUUAUUUUAGUCCAAACAUUUGAGUUUUCAGGAGCAGUUCUGCUAAAAUUAAUAUGUUCACAAGUUCCAGUUUAGCCCAUCAGCUGAGGUGUGGUGUGUGUGUGUGUGUGUAUAAUGUGUGUGUGUGUAUAGUGUGUAUAAUUUGUGUGUGUGUGUGUGUGUGUGUGUGUGUAGCUCACAC